GGUCAAAUUGGAUGCUGUAAUAACACAUUGUUUUGUAAUUUUGUGUAUUUAUAGAGUGAUAAAUACACUAAUCGUGGUCCAGUGAAAAGUUAAAAAGACUUAUUAGAGGGUUGUAAAGAAAGGUAUUCUUGGCGUUUCCGGGGUGUACAACACCACUGCAAAAUUUAGUCAGGUCCUGUGAACCAAGACAGAAAUUCAAUUCCGCAAUUUACGUUAGUGGCUGAAGUGACGGAAGUGUGGGCUGUGCAGGAAAUGAACGUUAUGUGCGACAUCCACCACAUGUAGAUCCGAUGGAAGGGAAUCUGGGUGAUUAAGGCGUGAAGAUGAUGUCCUGCGUCAGUCCGGUUGUGGAGCAGGGGUGUUCUCUGCGGCCGGGUUGCCCUUCGCCUACAAGCACCCCCGAGGAGCUGGAACGAAGGGCUUUGAUCCAGCGGAAUGACCUCAUGUUACAUGAAGCUGUCAUUAAGAACGACGCCGAGGGAGUGAGGGAGAUCCUGAGGGAACCCGUCGAUGUUAAUUCGAGGAAUAAUUAUGGCCGCGCCCCCAUCCACUGGGCGUCUUCCCGCGGCAACGUGGAGAUAAUGGAGAUGUUAAUCGCCGCCAAUUGCGACAUCGAGGCUCGUGAUAAGUAUGGAAUGAGGCCUUUACUAAUGGCAUGUUGGCAUGGCCAUCGCGAAGCUGUGCAGCUUCUUAUCAACACCGGUGCUUGCUCUAACGCAGUCAACAAGAAAAACUACACACUUUUGAUGUGCGCAGCCCGAAACAACAAAAUCGAAGUAGUGAAUUUUCUCAUCGACACGCUCGAAGAUGUUCGCGUGGACGCGGUGGACAUCGAGGGUCAAACAGCGCUUUUCCACGCGGCGAUGGGUGGACACACGUCGGUGGUCCAACGUCUCCUAGACCAAGGAGCUAAUCUCGAUAAGAAAAACAAGGAAAGCAGAACAGCUCUCCAUGUGGCCUGCGAAAGGGGCAACUGGGAAGUCGCUAGUUUGUUACUGUCUUACGAGGCAGAUAUGGAAUCUAAAGACAUCCUUGGCAACACUCCUUUACACGUUUCCGCUCAACACCAACAAACCCGGUUGGUCCAAAUACUUCUGGAGGCAGGAGCGGAUCCUGAUAACGACAACACAAAAGGAUUCACCGCUUUACACAUAGCCUGCAGCUUAGGGAGCAGAGGGAUUCUGGAAGCUUUAUUACAGCAUGGAGCUUCGAUUAAUAAGCAAAAUAAGGCUGGAAAUUCGCCCCUGCAUCUCGCCUGCCAGGCCAACGCGGGGGAAACCGUGGAAAUACUUAUCUCGAAAGGAGCCGACCUGAACUGUCUCAACACGCGACUGCAGUCUCCCAUCCACAUCGCCGCCGAAAUGGGUCACACUGAAGUUUGCAAGUUGUUACUGGCGUCAGGUGCUGAUAUAGAGCAAAGGGAACAGGGCGGAAGAACUCCUCUGUACAUCGCAGCGCGAGGGAGUUUCACCGCUAUAGUUGAUAUGAUCAUAAAAACAGCUCGGCUGGACUACCCGGCGCACGAGGAGAACGCACGAGGACACAGAAGAGACAGCGCGAGGCCGUCUUUAAGUUCAGCGAGGAGUCGCUGGAGGUCGUCGAAGGACGACAGGGGUUUAAAAGACAACGAAGCUCUGCGGGAGAUCUUCUUUAAAGUGGCUUACAAGCAGCUGGAACCAGGCGAGUGGAAAAUGCUAGCCCAACACUGGGCGUUCACAGAGGAACAAAUCAAAGCUAUAGAGCACCAAUAUAACGGGGAUGAACAUGUUUGUUUAGGUCCAUCCAGUUUUAAGGAGCACGGAUUCAGAAUGCUACUGAUUUGGAGUUCCGGCCUGGCACCUGAUGUUAAUCCGGUUAGGGAGCUGUACGAAAGCUUGGCGGCGGUUGGCAAGAAAGCUGUCGCUGAUGCCAUCCGCAAGAAGGUUGAUCAAGAGAUCGAGAUAAGACGCAAAGGCAAUCCAGACAACUGUUGCAGUAUCUCUUAAAUCUAUAGGGAGCUAUAACCGCACUGACUUAUGAAGAGGACAUAUCUCGACCCACCUUAAACCCUUCUACAUGGUCCAGAUGUUGUGGAAUUGUAUUUUAUAGAAUAUCGAUCUAAAUAUUUAUACAGUUGUGGACAAAAACGGGGUCUUCUGAAUACGACAGAGGAACGAGAGCGUACUGUGAUAUCUAGUUCAAUAAUUACUGUGUUUUUGCACUUGAAUCUAUGUAUAAUAACUUACGAAAUUCUAAAGGAGGCCAGAAAUGUUGUUAUAGUAGACAUGGUAUUGUGCCAAAAUUUAAAAUGUAACUAGAAACAUGGACCAAUCGAGUUUUCUUCACUUAGAUUCUAGUGUAUAGAUCUUGUUUUUGUCCACUAGCGUAUCACUUUACAAGUCUAUUAAAAGUUAGAGUUUCUAAAUGAUUAUCGAAAUGUUUGUAGAACAUCCAUAUUUUUGAUCAUUUACUGGAUAUAUUUUCUGAAGUGAAAAACGAACCUUUGGAUUUACAAUUUCAUAGCAUGAUCUAAUGUCUGUUGCUUAAAAGAAGUUUACAAAUUUGCAUACUAUAUAAUCAAUCGUUUUCGAGUGUCGUUUGCUGAAUACACGAAACAAAAUGUACAUAAGUAUAUUAUAAAACUUUAGCCUUUUCUAUUUCAACUCUUCUAGUCACUGCUAAUAUGACGAAGUUGCUAGAUACAGAUGGCACAAUGUCUUGGAGUUGAUUUUAUAUUCCCUGUUACCAAAAAUCGUGCCGUCUGGAUCUCGAAAGUUUUAUGUAAGUUGUUAACUGAGACUUAAAUUGUUAUAGAUUCACUCUGAUUAUGAAGACAGAUCAAAGACAAUGUUUCUUUUGUUAUUAUUUACUUUUGCAAUGCUCAGACGAGCUGAAACAGAAAAAAGUAAGUCAACCGUAAAGUAUUAUCCGUGUGAAGAUGAAUUGAGUUAUUGAAUAAACCAAUUUUUUCAAACAUCUUCACACGAUUAAUCUCUUGACUACUUUCUGGAACAUACCACAGUUCAAAUAAAACAGUUGUCAGUGUAUUGUGAUCCGCACGAUAUGUCUACGUUUCAAUUCUAAAUAUGUAACAAUUUGAUCAAUUAUACUUCAUCCAAAAUAAACCUAUUUUUUUGAAUAUCUUA